UACCAUGAAGGUCUCCUGCUGUUUGGAAACUCCUAUCUGAAUCGAGAAAACGAGACCUGUGCAGUGUUGUCCAACCUUUUUCUUUCAUAACGAGACUAACCCGAGAUCUGUAGCUUCAACAGGUUGAGAGCUAGUGAGCUUUGAAUGUCUGAAUAUCUGUCAAACAUCGAACGUCAAACUAUAUUUACCACGGUUCGCUAGAGGGUCUGAAUACUCGCUAAAUAUAGCGACAAGUCGAUCGUUAACAUGGCAACACUGUAAAUCCCCUCUCACCGGCCGAAUCAAAAGCAGUUUGCCAGGGGGAAUAGAUCCAAAAGGAUCUAUUUGUUGUUUUCUUUGUUAGGCAAACUGUCUCCUUCAGGAAUAAUGGUGACUGGACCAGAUCAUCUGUAUGUGACUCUGCUGAUUCUCCUCCACGGUUUAACCUCUGAGUCUGUGAAGUUUGAGGUUCUGGGUCCACUUGAACCCAUUUUUGCGGUGGCUGGUGAUAACAUCAUUCUGCCCUGUUACCUCAAACCCAACAUAAGUGUUGAGGACAUGACAGUGGACUGGCUGAACCUGGACUUCAUAGAUGAUCGUGUCUAUCGUUACCAAAAUGGAAAAAUCAUACAAGAGGAUCAGAUUCCCUCCUACAGAGGAAGAACAUCACUGUUUAAAGAGGAACUGUGGAGGGGAAACACUUCUUUAAAACUGACCAGGGUACAAGGCACUGAUGAGGGACGUUACAAAUGCUUUAUUAAGUCAAAGGACUGGUAUGAUGAUGUUAGUCUUCGAGUCCUGGUUAAAGCUGUAGGAUCCAGGCCAGUGGUGUCCAUUGAAGGACACAGAGAGGGAGGGAUGGGUCUGGUGUGUCAAUCUGAAGGCUGGCACCCUGAACCUGAUCUGGUGUGGCUGGACAUUAAAGGAGUCAGUCUCUCUGCUGGACCUCCUGAGACACACAGAGACUUAAAGGGAUUCUACACAGUCAAACAACAUGUCAUUGUCCAGGAGACUGACACCAACCUCUUUACCUGCAGAGUCCAACAGAGACGAAUCAAUGAGGAGUUGGAGACAGAGGUUCACAUCCCUAGUGAGUUGUUUGAUCACACAACAUCAUGGGUAAGGUCCUUCAUUGUGUCAUUGUCUAUCGGAGUCAUCAUUGUGAUUGUGUUAGCUCUGGCUGUCUGCUGCAUACAUAAAAAGAAAGGCAUGAAAAUACAUAAUCUCGAACAACAGCUGGAUGUUAUAAUAGGUGAACUCCAACAACAGCAGGGUUACCUCAUGAAGAAGGAUUUUGAUGACAUCAGAAGACAUGCAGUGGAUGUGACUCUAGACCCUGAUACUGCACAUCCCUACCUGAUCCUGACUGAGGACUGUACACAUGUCUGCCAUGGAGACACAAAACUGAACUUCCCUGACAACCCAGAGAGGUUUGAUUCUUCUGGCUGUGUCCUGGGUAAGGAGGGCUUCUCCUCAGGGAGAUUCUACUAUGAGGUUCAAGUGAAGGAGAAGAAUUGGUGGACUUUAGGAGUUGCCAGAGAGUCAGUCAACAGGAAGGGGGCGAUUAAAGUGAGACCUGAGUAUGGGUACUGGACAAUGAGGCUGAGAGAUGGAGUGUAUGAGGCUCUCACUGACCCCUCUAUCACCCUCUCCCUGAGAGAGAAGCCCCAGAAGGUGGGGGUGUUUGUGAAUUAUGAGAAGGGACAGGUCUCCUUCUUCAAUGUGGAGGCCAGGUGUCAUAUCUACUCUUUCAUUGGCUGUACCUUCAACAAGAAACUGUAUCCUUUCUUCUGCCCUGGACUUAAUUAUGGUGUUAAAAACGCCACCCCACUGGCAAUUUGUCCUGUAGAUGUCAAUGACUAGCCGUUGUAAAUGCCACCUUCAGAAGUAGCAUGCGCCACAUUUACCACAUUUGCAAGUGUUAAGACAAUCAUGUCGGAACAGGAUCGAGUUCCUGUGUGGUGCGCACCCGUAUCACUCCAUUUUCCAGUGAUGACCGAUAUAAGCCUGCGUGGUGCCUCGAAACUGCCAGUGUAUAUUCAAACACUUUUGAAAUGAUUAUGCAAAUUAAGAUAAGUCUACUGUAUCUUAUGUUAGCCAUAUAAUAUGAGAGGGGCACAACUAUCAAAGGGCUUCCCUGCGACAGCACCCUACCCUGGGCGAGAUGGGGAGAGGAUUUAAGGGGGAGCAGGUGUUGGGGAAGUUUCUGAAGCCUGAUGCAUUCUUACUGAUUAAAGGACUUGAGUCCCAUUGUUUAGAUAGGUAGAGG